AUGCGUUCGCUGACUGCGGGUCGAUGGCUGUUCAACAGCGAUGGCCGACGAGAGACUGGCGACUUUGACGGGCCGCCAUCCAUGGAUCUCGAUGGACAAAAGAUACAAGCUAGUCCCAGGCGGCGGGCGGACACGUUGACGCAACUGCUUUCGGAGCGACUGGCGCUACGGCCGACCAUCAGGCCCCCAACACCAACAGCUGAGCCCGCUUUGAACCUGCGUCUCCAUUCCGACUUUAUCCAAGUGCCCAUUCUGCGGUUUGCCAUUGUCGACAAGGCAUCCUCCGCGUUGGAGCCCAAGGUCGUUGAUAUUGCGCCGUUUGGAAGUUUCAUUAUUGAUUCGGCCGAACUACUGGGGAUGAACAAGGUGAGAGGUGAACUGCAUGCUUGA